AUGCAAGGAGAAACUAAUCUCGUAUUCAAAAAAGAAACACCAAAACCUAAAAACGUGUUUACGGUGAACACCGAAGUUGAAGGAGAGAUUGCUCUUAAAUUUAUCAAAAACUACAUUCCGUUUAUGAAGAGAAAGAAAAUUUUGAUAUUUGGAGCUGGGCUGAGAUGUUUUGCGUGCAUAAAAUCCCUUCUUCUAGCGGGUGUAACGGCCAACCGAAUUGUGAUUAUUGACACACCCAAUUUUGAGGUGGAAUGGGAAGCCAAGGCAGGAUACAACAUGACCAACACUGUGCGAAUACCCAUGGAACAAGAACUAAAAAGGCUUGGAGUCUACUGGGUACAAAAUUAUGAAUUUAGCGACUGGGAAACUUGUCCCAUUUCCGGCUUAGUGAAACGGUCCUACUUUUCUUCACCUACCGAGAAAGAGUCCAAAAUCUCAUUUUCGACAUUUGCGUUCUUCUGUUUCCGACACAGAAGGGUUAACGAUGAUCUUGUUUCCGCUUUAGCGGAAUCAUAUAUUCUUUUCCAAGACGGAAUAAUCAUUGAUGAAAAUUUCAAGACAAAUGAUCCAAAUAUUUAUGCGGCUGGUCCAGCUACGACCUACAAACGAAUUUUACUCGCAAGCCAUCAUGACCACAUGUAUUACCAAUCUGAGGAAGUUGGACACAAGCUUGCAGAGUUCCUUAUUAGCAGAGUUGGAUCCGAAGGAGGUGGGGUUGCCGAAAUACAAACUUUAGAAGUUUUCAAAUUUAAACGACCAUUUGUUCGAGCAAUUGAACUACUUGGGGGCUGGCAUUACAUGGUAAUGAGAUCUCCUGGUGCUCCCCAUCACACCCGAUGGCUAGAUUCAAAUGGAAAAUGUGAGGAAACCUGUGAAUGCACCACAGAAAUUGUUACUGGAUCUGUAGACCCGAAAGAGGACCCACACCAAAAGUACUUCAAGGUUCAGCUGGAUGACCAAUCCCGGAUUGUAGGAAUUGAAUGCAUGUCAAAAAGACCAUUUUCUGCCUCAAAUUUCACGGGAUUGUAUGGGCAGCACGAAGUGUUGCUAAACAAAAUGAUGGAAAGACUAGAAAAGGGCGAAACCAAGGAUUUGUAUGACCAUUUUUGUCAACCCUGGUUUGGAGCAUUUUGCGUUGAUCAAUGGGAGACGUUUCUCUUGGAGCUUCAAGAGCUGUAUCGGACUCAAGAUAUUGAAGAUGGUCACAAGAUUGCCGACUUUAUUCGUGACUAUGUGGCAAACUUGGAUAACCCUGAAUCGAUUCAAGUGGAUCCCAACAUUAUCCGUAAUAUAUGGGAUAGUUCUGGCUUGAAACAAGAAGUAGAGCUUAAAUUUUUGGCUUUCCUGAAAUUCAACAAGCUUGCAUUGCCCAUGUAUGCUAGAAAUGACUACGUUGAAGAUUUACUGGAGGAAAGAUCUUCAAGCACUCUGUACUACCCAAAAGUGGUGAAAUACUAACAUUAAUAUAUAAAGAGGUCUUAUAUACUAUUAAUAUUGUAAUCAUUAACUAUAUCGAUGUCUGGUGACCAAGUAAAUAAAUAAGCACAUAAAUAGCACGAGGCUUAAGGUGGUUAUAUCUCAAAUAAAUGUUAUUACGACAUAAUAACAUAAAUAUUAACUUUCGUGCAGAGGUUAUCAUGCAAUUAACUGCUUCGUUUAAUAUACGAAUAUGGAGACGACUGUAAUAUGAGAAAUGACACUUUUGCCAUCAGUGUCAUUUAGCCAUUCCUUCAGUGAGAUUGUUGAUAAUUUUGCGCGCAGACAAUUUACUUAUUUUUUGGCAAAAUGUCA